AAAACAAAAUGGUGGUUUCACAACCCCCCCUGGUUUAUCUGAAAAUCUCAUAAAUUGGGGAAAGAAGUACCAGCAUUAAAUUUAAGCCUGUGGAAGAAAAUGAAAAAGAAAUAGACACAGAUGCCAUGAACAGCCAGUUCAUGGGGGGAACAAAGAGAGAACAUUCUGUCAUCACCAGACUUAGUGUGAUGUUCAACCCUAGGACUGACAAUGAAAGAGAUGACAGCUCCAGCCCUUCACCACCUGUUAUAGAACCCCUGAAGGAAUCCACUUCUCUGCAGCAGAACCCUGACUUGAUGGAAAAUCCACGUACGCUGCUCAUGGUGCUGCAUCAGAGGGAUCUAGAAAUCAAGGGGCUAAAAAAUACUACCCAGAGGGAUAAAUCUGACCGACUUGGCUGUAUUUUGCGGGAGCUUGUGAAGACAAAGCAGAAAUUGCCACCAAAGAGAAGCCCAAAGGAAGAAGCCCUUAAAACAGAAGUUAACCAACUGAAUGCUGAACUGAGGACUAUCAAAGAGCAGCACGACAAGGAGAUAAAACUGCUGGAAGAUAAACUCGUAAAGUCAAAAUUACACAUCAUGUGCUUGCAGGACACAGUGAAAACCCUGUCAGGAAAGACAGAUGAUGAAAGAGACAGCGAGUCCAGCAUUCCUCUGGAUGAAGGGGCAAAAUUAGCAUGCGAGUGCUUUGAGCUCUGGUCAGAGACAGGAAGCAAGAUAACAACAGAUACAAGUGAUCUACGGCUUCGGAGAAUUCCAAAGCACACUAGCUUUGCUGAUGCCUUUAAUAAGUUUGGAAGUGCCGUAUUGUCUGAAGAGGAAAAAGAUGACAUAAUCGCUAAAUUAGAAACAGCUGCUGUUAAAGCACACAUGGAGGGAAGUUCACAGGAAAGUUCAACUUCUGAACAAUCAUCAUUGGUUGUCUUCACCUCUCAGAAAUCGGAUCUCACUUCAGUGCAUGAGACCAAAAUGAUAGAAUCUUCUUCCUACAGUUUGCCAUCAUCACUGGAGAAAACCCAAGUGGGAAAAUUUCGUUCCCUGGAUCCUUGGAGCCUUGCACAGUCUGGUCUUACUCUUGGACGGCUCUCAGAUGAAGAAACACACACCCGCUUUAUGUCCUGCCCCUUCACAGAAGAACGCAGAAGAUGCCAUGCUGGCUCAGGACCUCUAAGGAUUGUCAGUGUACAUCGUAAGGGCAAAUUUGUCCGAGUCUUCAAUACUUUGUUGAACAAGGAAGUAGAUCUAAGUGGCUACAUCAUCCAGCAGUGGGUUAGAGGGUACCCUGUGUCUAUCUACCGUUUCCCGAAUGGCACAAUUCUGCCUGCACAGCACCACAUCACUGUGUGGGCUGCAGGGGCCAACCUUGCUCAUGAGCGACCUUCAAACAUGCCAUCAGGCCUGCAGAAUUUUUUCAAAACAGGCCCAGAAUGCACGACCAUCCUCUGUGACUCCAGUGGCCAGACUAUGUCACAAUACAGAACUUCUCAUCAAUUAACGGCAGCUGCAGAGGCCUACAAUGACAACGUGGACCUUUCAGUGGACAAGUUUCCACUCAAUGAAGAUGAGGAAACUUUUGAGUCCUUGCCCUCAAGGCCUGACGUAGCUUUGUUCCAACGCAAUCGCAGCAAAGAUGUGGCUAGCCUUUCAGGCAUCUUGGUAAAGAGAAGGUACACAAGACACUUUUCUAUUGAUUCUUUACAAAGUAGCAAAAUACUGAAUAGCCGUAGCAAAGGAAUCAUGAGGAAAGACAGUGACACAAGCAGCCAAUCUUCCAGUUUAUAUUCAUGUUCCUCAAAAACUUUACCUCCACUUUUAGCAGUCAAUGAGAGCAGUUCUUCAACCACCGGAGAAGAUAGUCUUGCAUUUCAGACAUGGCAGCCCCUAAAUGUGGACCCAGAAGCUAGAGAAUUCAAGACUACGCUGGAUACUACACUUCCCAUGGUGUCUUUGAUAGGACAGAAGAGUGCUCGCUCAAAAUAUGGAUUCAAGCAUAUGACUUAUGUGCCCACCACCACAGAUCUGCAUCUAAGGCGGUAUUGUCCUGCUAGAUGACAUACUGAUGAACAGUGGCAAAGAAGGUUUGCAUGGCUUCUUUAAAUACACAGGACUCUGCAAUUUGUCUGGCAGGCACCUUUGCUUUUAUUACUUGCCCUUCCAAUUUUGAUGCAAUUCAUGGUGCCAGCUUAACUGUUUUGAAAGGUGUAAGGCACCACACUAAAACAUGAGGGGGAAAAGGGCUCUAAGGAGGCAGGGAGGAGGAGGAGUACAGGGACACAUUGUGAAUGGGCUCUUGAUCAACAUAGACUAUUAGCUAGCUGAGAUGUUAACUGUUAAUGUGCUAGCCUUGACAAUGCCAUUCCUUUUGUAGACAAAUGGGGACUAGGCAAAUAAUUCGGCAUUUAGGGCAAGCUAGGCUUCUUUGGAAACAAAUAAUUGUCCCUGUCACAUAGGCAAUGUGCAAACAUUUAAAGGGAACUGAAAGCACAUGACUUCCUCCAAAGAAUAAUGGGAACUGUAGUUUGUUAAGGGCAUUCGGAAUUGUAGCUCUGUGAGGGGUAAACUACAGUUUUCAGGAUUCUGAGGGGAAAGCAAUGGUCUUUAUAUAUAUGGUGUGUUUGCAGACAUAGAAAGAAGGGGCAAUAUGGGUGAGGAAUGCUAAACCCUUCCAGUGCCCCACUUAUGGCUUAUCUCCAGGAGAUCCUCUCCUGGAACACUUUUUCUCCUCAGCAGAGCUCUAAUAUUGGAAGUGAGCUCAACUGAGAAAAAGAUGUUGCUGGAACAUAAGUCAAGUGUGUGGAAUGGUUUGGCACUUCUCACUCAGAAGCCUUUUUUUAUUGGAUGCGCAAGUUUGCUCUAUUUGCUUGGGUAGUUUCGUGUCCAAAACACAGAAUUCGUACCAUCACAUCCAGUUUUACUUGGGAAUACUGCAUGUCAGACCUGUUAAUCUGCCCAUACCAAGGGUAGCCAAUGUGGUGCCUGCCAGAUGUUGCUGAACUACAGUGCCCACCAUCCCUUAACGCUGGUCAUUCUGACUGAAGCAGAUGAGAGCCAACAGUAUCGGGAGGGCACCAUGUUGGCUACCCCUGUACUAUCACUAUUUACAUAAAAAGGCAGAAUUUUAAUUAUGACUGCAAAGCGAGAGACUAGUGAGAAGGAAGCUGGCUUAAACAGUGCAUAUGUUGUUCAGGCCAAUUUUUCCACAUUCCCUGGGAACUACCAUUCUAUGAAUUGUGAUAUUACUCCCCCCUAUGGUCCUCAUACUCCAUUUACUGCAGAAAUAAAUGACUUCCCUUUCUCCUAUGGCAAGGGAAGAAGGCACGGCUUCUUGCAAUCGGAAUGGUCCAAAGCUUCUUAUAUUCUUUAAAUGUUUUGGCUUCAUUAUGUCAGAAUGAGCUGAAGAUUUGGAGUCAACGUUCUUGGUUUCAUUCUUGGUUCUGUACUGUACCCUCCAUUAUAUAUCUCAACAGUGUGACUAGAAAGAAAUGGCCUCUAACUUAGGGACGCGGCAUCAUUCAUGUAUUAUAGUGUUCCAGAAAAUAUUUUGCAACAUUAAUUUAAACAAUUACAGUACUUGGUUUCAAAAUAGUCACAAUAAUUGUCCAAAUAUACCUGUCCUGUCAGUUCAUACACAGCUUUGGUUUUACUUGCAAGCAGUCCCAAUUGCCGCUAGGACUUGUAUGGACAAAGAUAUUGUGUGGAUUUGGCCAUUGCAUAAGCAGACAGAAGCAAUCCUCAUGAAUGUGGUAGCAUUUUUGCAGCUGACAGAAUCACAAGGAUUACUGCUGCUAAUGUCUGUAUAUACCUAGUUCAUAUGAUGACUUUACCCAUAGGACUGCAUCACUAGACUUAGAUGAGAUGGUGUGCAUGGACAAGAGUUCAGUUGUGCAAACCAGCUCAGAUCAUUUCAUAUCGUAGCCUAAUGCAGAAUAAACGUUUUUAAAAGUAGGGUAAGCUCCCUACAACGGUUGUCUUUGAAUACAUAUAAAAAUACAUUUUUCUAUAUUGAUCUAAAACUGAUCUAGAAAACAAAAGUUACAGAAAAGGUGAUUGCAAAUCCAUUUGUGGUGAAAAGGCAUGAAAAAAUGAGGUAAAAUAAGGAAUUGGAGAGAACCAUCCCCAACCACUGCAAAGAUAUAUGCAAUGGACAUCUGGCUUGGAGAAAACACAACCCACCCAUUCAGGUGUAACUGCAUGACAGCAUUCUGGAUGAGUGUCUGGAGUUUCUUCCAAGCACAAAUAAAACAAAAUGACACAUUCAGUCCCUCCCAGACUCCCUCUGAAUGACUGAGUUAUUCCCUGCUUAAAAAAAAAAAGUAAUUUCAAGCAAGACGGAACUGUCCUGCUCAAGGAACACAAAAAGCACACUCCGUUCCAGUCUACACAGCUUUCCCAGUCUGUUGUGUAAUUUCACCAGUGGGACUGCAUCCCUUUGACAGCUGGCUGACACAUGGAAAUAGCUGCAGCUGGUUACCUGAAGGAUUGUUGAAGGAUCAUCUGUACCUUCCUCCCAUUGAAUGAGGCAAAGGGGCCAUCCUCACUCAGGAGGCCAGCCAUACAGGUGCUCUAAACAUCAGGUAUAUAGUCAAUGGAAGGGGCUGUGGUGGCACAAGCCCUCACUCCUUUCCUUAUGAAAGCUGCUAAAAUUGUUGAUUGGGGAAUUGCAGAUUCUCUCUUCACAAGUUUUGUUUGAAGUAAAUCAAGUUGUUUCUUUAAACUGCUUUGCUUACCUACGGGCACUGUUGUGUUCAGUGAUCAGGAUGAGUCAGAGAAGCCAGCCUAUGUUGUUCAUAGGAAGAUGGGAAAUACAGAAAGCAGCUGAAGGAUUCUGUGACUUGGCAGCACCAUAUGCACAGCUGCUGAGGGCAUUUCCUAUAAUUUGGGACUUCUGCUUUGAGCUGCCGUUGAGAUAUGUGGCCUGUUUGGCAAGCUCUGCAGGGCAGCCUUGGCAGUCAGAGGGCGGGCCCUGUUCAGCACUGCAAGUCCCUCUGGCACGUUUGUGCAGGAGCGAACAAGAGGUUGAUGAGAGUUGAUCGUCUUGUGGACGUUUCUGUCUGCAAAGGCUCUGAAGAGAAGAAACACCACAGUACAGCAAGUUGGCACAAAUAUGUUUGAAAGACUGUGCUGGCAUUCUGCAUUCACUUAAACCCCCUGUGCCGGAUACAGCAAAGAGAAAUAAAACCUGUUCUGUACAACUAGACAGCCCCACCCACCCAUUAGCAUGGAGAACAUGACACAGCUCAACUAUAGCACAUAGAAUAUACAGCAGUACAUAGUGUGCAGUUUGUGGGUACUCCUGGAUCCAUGACUGCCACUAGAGGCACAAGAGGCCUUGAUGGUGCAGAGUGCCUUCUGUCAGCUUUGGCUGGUGGCCCACCUGCAACACUACCUGGACAGGAAUAGCCUAGCUUCUGUUGUCUAUGCUCUGGUAACCUGUAGGCUAGAUUACUGCAAUGUGUUAUACAUGGGGCUGCCUUUGAAGAGAGUUUGGAAACUGCAGCUAGUGCAGAAUUCAGCAGCCAGGUAACCAACUGGGAGCAGAAGGUCUGAACAUAUAACACAGACCCUGGCCCUACUGCAUUGGUUGCUGAUUAGUUUCUGUGCUCAGUUUUGAUCUAUAAACUCUUAUGUGGCUCAGGACUGCAAUACCUUAGGGACUGCCUCUCCUCACAUGAACCCACCUGGAUGCUGCCUUUAUUUUCUGAGGCCCUUCUUUGUGUGCCCCCUCCAAGGAAGGUGUGGAGGGUGGCAACAUGAGAAUGGGCCUUUUCAGUGGUGGCUCCCUAACGGUGGAAUGUUCUCCCUAAAGAGAUGCACCUGGCACCAUCAUUAUCAACUUUCAGGCACCAGGCAAAGACAUUCUUGCUUACCCUGGCAUUUGGUUCUUAAAUGGGAUCAUAUGGUAUGAUGAUACCAUAGCCUCUUUUUUUUGGUGUUCGUCUUUUAAUGGGGUGGAAUAGGUAGAAUUCAUCCUUUUAUAGUAUUGCAGGAUGAGCACUUUUAGUAAAUAUUUUUGAUGAUGUUGUAAAUCUUUGUAUUUGUAUGUUUUUUACAACUGUAAGUCACUUUGAGAUUUUAUGUAAAUGAUAAAUUUAAUAAUAGUAAUAGUAAUAGUAGUAGUAGUAAUAAUAGUAAUAGUAAUAAUAAUAAUAAUAGAGAACAGACUUAGACUGAGUGCAUAUGAUUCCUUUGAAGACCAUUAAGUCAUACAGUGAAUACCCCUUUAUGUGGCAGAGCUGUCAAUGGGUGAGAGUGCUGAAACACUGAAAACAGGAGGAAGGGCUUUCAGCACAAUGGGCAAUGUCUAAGGCAGCCUUGGCCAACCUGGUAUCCACAUAUUUUGGAUUACAACCCCCAUCAGCCCCAGUCAGCACAACUGAAUUGUCCUCCAAAAUAUCUGAAUAGCACCAGGCUGGUGAAGGCUGGUCUAAGAAAACAGAUGUCAAGAGUCCAGGCUGCUGGAAAGUCAUGUCCUACAACAUGAAAGCCAAAUGAAUGGAUUUGUGAUUCCUUUUCCCUCACCAAGGAGUAAUCUCCACAUGCUUAGAGACAUACUUUAUGUUGGCAUGAGGCCUAGUAGUUUUCCAUCAAGUCUGAAAGUUUUGAAAGUAAAGAGGAGUUAUGUCUUUGCCAGUCUGGGAACGGACAGUGAAGGCCGUUGUUAUGGUAACCAUCAAGAUAUAGACUGGGAAAGUGCUAACAGAGUCUGUGAGUUGUUGUUCUUCUGAAUUAUGCCUCUGAGGUGAGAGGCUGUCUUUUGUGUUUAUCUAUGGAGAGAGAUGUACCAGAAGGGGGGUGACUGAAGAAUCUCUACAUGUAUUUACUCUUAAGCCUCUGGCCUUAAUGUCUUUCAAUAAAGACUC